AUGGCAGUGGCAGCGUCCCGCCGCGAGGACCGUGAUCGGAAUCAGCCAGUGGUGCUUGUGACGGGGUGCUCGGAGGGCGGCAUCGGCCACGCGAUGGCGCGCGCCUUCGCGGCGGCCGGGUGCGCCGUCGUGGCCACGGCGCGGUCACGCGGUUCCAUGCGCGACCUCGACGGCGCCCCGCGGUUCCUGCUGCUGGAGCUCGACGUGCGGUCCGAGAGAGCGCGCGCGCCGCCGUGGCGGACGCGCUGCGGGAGCACGGCCGCGUCGACGUGCUCGUCAACAACGCCGGGAUCCACCUCGUCGCGCCACUCGCCGAGGUGCCCAUGGAGUCCUUCCACCAGGUUUUCGACACCAAUGUCUAUGGGGCAUCACCAUGGAUCUGUCAUGGAAUAUUGCCUUCAGCUUCUGUACUACUUUGACCGUGAGACACUCGGCCUCAAGGAUAUUGGUAUCUCUGGCCAUUGCGCCGCCAGACAGACACCCUCCAGGCUAGCAGCUGCCUCAGUUUCUUCAGCAUCCCUACAGUGA